GAAAUAGCAGAUGCGGGAGAACUAUAAUAACAACCAAAAAGAAAAAUAAGUCUUCCCUCCUUUGAACCCCCACCGCCGCCGGCCGCCACCCAUCUCGCCGCCACACGCAGCCGUCGCGCCGCUACACGCACCCGUCGUGCCGCCAUACUGUUUGAUCUUUUUUCUAUUAUUAACCUCUUAUACCAGCGCCCAAAGCCACUUCUUCCCUCCCCCAUCCCCCAUUAUUAAUCCCUAAUCCCUAGCGCUGCAAUCUGCAAUUUUGUAAGGAAGGAAGGGCAGUGGCCGGAACAGCUAAAGCCGGACCGAAAAAGGAAGAGGAGAGUGGCCGGGGCAGCUGGAGUUGAACCGAACAGCUAAAGCCCCUCCCCCAUUAUUAAAUCCCUAAUCCAUUUUGCUGCAAUCUGCAAUUUUGAAAAGAAGGAACAGCUAAAGCCGAACCGAACAGCUAUAGUCCACCGAGCAAGGAAGGAAAGGAAGUGGCUGGAGCAGCUGAAGCUGAACUUCUUUUAUCCUGCUCGCUUUCUCUCGUUCCCCGUUGCUCUCUCUCUCUCUUCCCACCGCAGCUUCGCGCAGAUAAAGUUAUUGAGAGAGCUGUAGGUGGAAAAGAUCGACCAAGUAGAAAUGGAGGGAAAUGGAAAGGAAAAGCAAUAUGAUUUGGAUAAGAUCAAAGAUACUCUAGCACCAGAGGACUCUACUGUUGGUGGUCUGCUAGUACCAGGGAAGGACAGGAUGGUUUUUAGACCACUUAAGAAAUCGGUUUUAGGAUUGGACAUGCUUGCCAAUGCAAAACGCAUGGAGUCAAAGGUUGAGGGCUCAUUUAAAAAGCCAAAAGAAAGAGUUGCCUCCAUUGCUUCAUCCCUUGAUGAAGGCGAGGAAAUGCCUGUAUCUUUGGGAAUAGAUGAUGGAGAGAAUGUCACAUCUAGUGGUUUACGGAGUUACAGCAAUAGGAAAUACCGUGAAUCAGCUUCAAACGAGACAUCUGGUUUAGGAAGUGUUGUUACUGGAGAAGCAAAUGCAAUUGAAGCAUCCCCUCGGCAUCAUUCAGAUAGACAUAUGAAUGUGCAGAGUGAAUCUGUUCAAAGUUCAAGGAGUAGGAGUCCUAGUUCAGACUAUGCCAGAAGUGAUAGAGGCCGAAGCAAAUAUGAUGAGCACUACAGAAGCUCUGACAGGGAAGGGAGAACCCCUAGAGAUAGAUAUGGCUCUGACAGGGAGGGGAGGACCCCUAGAGAUAGAUAUGGCUCUGACAGGGAAGGGAUGACCCCUAGAGAGUCAUCUCGUGGUCAAGAAAAAGAGCACAGUGGAGACUACGGGAGAAAGAGAAGUAGAUAUGACAGGUCUAUGCGAACACCUGGCAGGUCUGACUGGGAUGAUGGAAGAUGGGAGUGGGAAGAAUCCCCGCGUCGUGAUGGUCGUAAUUCUAGCAGUAGACAUUAUCGUCCUUCUCCAUCUCCCAUGCUCGUUGGGGCCUCUCCUGAUGCACGGCUUGUCUCUCCAUGGUUGGGAGGGCGUACUCCUAAUUCUUCUGUUGCAUCUCCUUGGGAUAGCAUUGCUCCUUCCCCGACUCCAAUUCGGGCAUCUGGAACGUCUCUUAGGUAUGCAAGUUCCCGAUAUGGUGGGAGAUCCAAUCAGGUUGACUCUAAGGAUGAAGAAAAUGAUCCAGAAAGCACAUCCGCAGACCAGAAUUAUGAGAUAACAGAAAGUAUGCGUUUAGAGAUGGAAUACAACUCCGAUCGUGCCUGGUAUGAUCGGGAAGAAGGCGGCACAGUUUAUGAUGCUGAUAGCUCCUCAGCUUUCCUCGGUGAUGAGGCAUCUUUCCAGAAAAAAGAAGCAGAGUUGGCUAAGAGACUGGUGAGAAGAGAUGGAACUAAGAUGACUCUUGCACAGAGCAAAAAACUUUCGCAGCUAACUGCUGAUAAUGCUCAGUGGGAGGAUAGACAACUUCUGAGAUCAGGUGCUGUCAGAGGAACUGAGGUGCAGACCGAGUUUGAUGAUGAGGAAGAACGAAAGGUUAUUCUUCUUGUGCAUGAUACAAAACCCCCUUUUCUCGAUGGGAGGAUUGUCUUCACGAAGCAAGCUGAGCCUGUUAUGCCAUUAAAAGACCCUACGUCAGAUAUGGCUAUAAUAUCACGAAAGGGCUCCAAUCUGGUUAGGGAAAUUCGUGAAAAACAAAGCAUGAACAAGUCCAGACAACGGUUUUGGGAGCUUGCUGGUUCUAAUCUUGGCAAUAUUCUUGGCGUUGAGAAAACUGCAGAUCAGAUUGAUGCAGAUACUGCUGAAGUUGGCGAACAAGGUGAAAUUGAUUUCAAACAGGAUGCAAAAUUUGCACAACAUUUAAAAAAAGGAGAGGGAGUCAGUGAUUUUGCUAAAUCAAAAACGUUAGCACAACAGCGACAAUAUUUACCCAUCUUUUCUAUACGAGACGAUUUACUGCAGGUAAUCCGUGAAAAUCAAGUGAUUGUAGUGGUUGGUGAAACUGGUUCAGGAAAGACAACACAAUUAACACAGUAUCUUCACGAAGAUGGGUACACAAACAACGGCAUUGUUGGCUGCACGCAACCAAGGCGUGUGGCAGCCAUGAGUGUUGCAAAAAGAGUCAGCGAAGAGAUGGAAACUGAACUUGGUGAAAAAGUUGGAUAUGCCAUACGUUUUGAGGAUGUCACCGGGCCUAACACUGUUAUUAAGUACAUGACUGAUGGCGUGUUGCUAAGGGAGACACUAAAAGAUUCAGAUCUUGAUAAAUAUCGUGUCAUUGUGAUGGAUGAAGCACACGAGCGGUCUCUAAGCACAGAUGUACUAUUUGGUAUCCUCAAGAAAGUUGUGGCCAGACGUCGUGAUUUCAAGCUCAUUGUGACUUCUGCGACUCUAAAUGCUCAGAAAUUUUCGGAUUUUUUUGGGAGCGUUCCUAUAUUUCACAUUCCUGGUAGGACAUUUCCGGUUCAGACGUUGUACAGUAAGACACCUUGUGAAGAUUACGUUGAAGGUGCAGUAAAGCAGGCGAUGACGAUUCACAUCACGAGUGCUCCUGGCGACAUCCUAAUCUUCAUGACCGGUCAAGAUGAGAUUGAGGCGACAUGUUAUGCUCUUCAAGAACGCAUGGAUCAACUCGCUUCCAAGAAGGAAGCUCCAAAGCUGCUCAUCCUUCCCAUAUACUCCCAGCUUCCUGCUGACUUGCAAGCAAAGAUUUUCGAGAACGCUGAAGAUGGAGCUCGCAAGUGUAUUGUUGCUACUAAUAUUGCUGAGACGUCGUUGACAGUCGAUGGGAUCUUCUAUGUCAUUGACACGGGAUAUGGUAAGAUAAAAGUCUAUAACCCGCGUAUGGGUAUGGAUGCUCUCCAAGUGUUUCCAGUUAGUCGCGCUGCUGCUGAUCAGCGUGCUGGACGAGCUGGAAGAACCGGGCCGGGGACUUGCUACCGCCUUUACACGGAGAGCGCUUAUCUGAACGAAAUGCUUCCCAGUCCUGUCCCAGAAAUUCAACGGACCAACCUGGGAAAUGUGGUUUUGUUGCUCAAGAGUUUGAAAAUCGAAAACCUGUUGGAUUUCGACUUCAUGGAUCCUCCUCCUCAAGAAAACAUCCUCAACUCCAUGUACCAGCUGUGGGUGUUGGGUGCUCUGAACAACGUCGGAGAUCUGACAGAUAUAGGUUGGAAGAUGGUGGAGUUUCCCUUGGAUCCCCCGUUGGCCAAGAUGCUCUUGAUGGGCGAGCAGCUCGGAUGCCUCAACGAGGUUCUAACAAUCGUGUCGAUGCUUUCAGUGCCCUCCGUCUUCUUCCGACCCAAGGACCGGGUGGAAGAGAGCGACGCUGCAAGGGAGAAAUUCUUUGUGCCGGAAUCCGACCACCUCACGCUGCUAAACGUGUACCAGCAAUGGAAGUCCAACGACUAUCGGGGCGACUGGUGCAACGACCACUUCCUGCACGUCAAAGGUCUGCGCAAGGCUAGAGAGGUAAGAUCCCAGCUGCUGGACAUUCUCAAGACGCUCAAGAUCCCGCUCACCUCGUGUGGGCCCGACUGGGACGUCGUGAGGAUGGCCAUCUGCUCCGCCUACUUCCACAACUCGGCGCGCCUCAAGGGCGUCGGGGAGUAUGUCAACUGCAGGAACGGGAUGCCCUGCCACCUGCAUCCCAGCAGCGCGUUGUACGGCCUGGGCUACACUCCCGACUACGUCGUCUACCACGAGCUGAUCCUCACGGCCAAGGAGUACAUGCAGUGCGCCACGGCGGUUGAGCCGCAGUGGCUGGCUGAGCUCGGGCCCAUGUUUUUCUCGGUGAAGGACUCGGAUACGUCGAUGAUCGAGCACAAGAAGAAGCAGAAGCAGGAGAAGACUGCCAUGGAGGAGGAGAUGGAGAGUUUGAGGAAGGUUCAAGAAGAGAAGGAGAGAGAGAGGAAAGAAAAGGAGAAGAAGAAGAGGCAGAAGGAGCAACAGCAAGUUUCCUUGCCUGGCUUGAAGAGAGGGGCUUCCACAUAUCUCAGACCCAAAAGGCUUGGGCUUUAACUUCUUCUUUUUUUCAAGAUUAUUGAUUUUAUACAUUUUAAUUUUGUGGCCUCAAUUAUACAUUUCAGCUGGAUAUAGAGCGCUAACGAUGUAUAUAAAUCAAAAAUUAGAAUGCCAA